AUCCAUCGUCCCUGCUGCUAGUCAGAAACACUUAGCGUCUCGACUCUCUGUUGUCAAGUUUUCAAAGAUAUUUGGUAAUGACCAGUCCUGAAUCCCCCUGUUUUGUGCUUUGAGGAAUAACCGGUCCACUGCUGCCCCAUCGAGGCCUCCUUGCUUUAUCAGGUUGGUCUAACUUUGAGCCAAAACAAUGAAGAAGUCCAGCUGACCCCUUCUGGUGUUAGUCCUUGUGGCCGCCAGCGUGGUGGUCUCUGCAAUGCCACGGAGUCUCCUUGGCCUGAUCAGACAGCCUCACGGGACCUGACUUCUGCUUAGCUCGUCUCAUCACCCCUCACCACCCCCCGCACACCCGUUAUGUCCCAGCUGCAGCAGACAAAACAAUCAACCAUGACGACCGAAUCUGGCUCAGACUCGGAAUCCAAGCCUGAGCAGGAGGCCGAGCCCCAGGAGGCGGCGGGGGCGCAGGGGCACGCGGGGGCUCCGCAGGGCCCGGGGCCCGAACCCAGCGGCGAGGAGCAGCACCAGGCCCUAGAGCAGUUCGAGGCCGCGGCGCACAGUACCCCUGUGAGGAAGGAGGUCACUGACAAGGAACGGGAGUUCGCUGCUGGGGCUGCAAAACAGCUCGAAUAUCAGCAAUUGGAAGACGAUAAACUUUCUCAGAAAUCAUCUAGCAGUAAACUAUCUCGAUCUCCAUUAAAGAUUGUCAAAAAGCCUAAAAACAUGCAGUGCAAAGUGAUACUUCUGGAUGGAUCAGAAUAUACCUGUGAUGUGGAGAAACGCUCCAGAGGCCAGGUGCUGUUUGAUAAAGUAUGUGAACAUCUGAAUUUGCUGGAAAAAGACUAUUUUGGGCUUACGUAUCGAGAUGCUGAAAACCAGAAGAAUUGGCUGGACCCUGCUAAGGAAAUAAAAAAACAGAUUCGAAGUGGUGCUUGGCACUUUUCAUUUAAUGUGAAAUUUUACCCACCAGACCCUGCCCAGCUAUCUGAAGAUAUCACCAGGUACUACCUCUGCCUACAAUUGCGAGAUGACAUUGUGUCCGGAAGGCUGCCCUGCUCCUUUGUCACCCUGGCCCUGCUGGGCUCCUACACUGUCCAGUCCGAACUUGGAGACUAUGACCCAGAUGAAUGUGGGAAUGAUUACAUUAGUGAGUUCCGCUUUGCGCCAAACCACACGAAAGAACUGGAAGAUAAAGUGAUCGAGCUGCACAAGAGCCACAGAGGAAUGACGCCAGCAGAAGCAGAGAUGCAUUUCUUGGAAAAUGCCAAAAAACUGUCCAUGUAUGGGGUUGAUUUACAUCAUGCCAAGGAUUCUGAAGGAGUAGAAAUUAUGUUAGGAGUUUGUGCGAGUGGUCUGUUGAUAUAUCGUGACCGACUGAGAAUCAACAGAUUUGCCUGGCCCAAGGUUCUAAAAAUUUCAUACAAACGGAACAACUUUUACAUUAAGAUUCGGCCGGGAGAGUUUGAACAAUUUGAAAGCACCAUUGGGUUUAAGCUGCCAAACCAUCGAGCUGCCAAGCGUUUAUGGAAAGUGUGUGUUGAACAUCAUACAUUUUUCAGACUGUUGUUACCAGAAGCACCUCCAAAGAAAUUCCUGACCUUGGGCUCCAAGUUUCGUUAUAGUGGCAGGACACAAGCCCAAACAAGAAGAGCCAGCGCAUUGAUAGAUCGCCCUGCCCCUUACUUCGAACGCUCGUCCAGCAAACGUUAUACCAUGUCUCGUAGCUUGGAUGGAGAGGUUGGUACUGGCCAGUACGCCACAACAAAGGGCAUCUCUCAGACCAACUUGAUCACCACCGUGACUCCGGAGAAAAAGGCCGAGGAGGAACGGGACGAGGAAGAGGGCAGGCGAAAACGGCUGGAAGAAGUCACCCCGGUCGCGGCAGCACGGCACGAGGGAAAGUCACCUGGGCUUGGCACUGACUCAUGUCCCCUGUCCCCCCCAUCAGCCCAUCGUCCCCCCGCAUCCCCCUCAGAACUCCGUAGGAGGUGUAAGGAGAAUGAGCACCAAGCCCCAGGCUUGGAGCCGGCCAGAGGCACCAUGCGUGCGCACGGAGAGCCCACCGUGGACUCUGACCGCAAAGGGAAGCCAUCCUUAGGGGACCAGGAUGUGGCUUUUAGCUACAAACAGCAAACUGGCAAAGGGACCACCCUGUUUUCCUUCUCCUUGCAGCUCCCGGAGUCAUUCCCUUCUCUUCUCGAUGACGAUGGGUACCUCUCUUUCCCCAACCUGUCGGAAACCAGCCUCCUCCCCCAGAGCCUGCAGCAUUACCUCCCAAUUCGCUCACCCUCCCUUGUGCCCUGUUUCCUCUUCAUCUUUUUCUUUCUGCUCUCCGCCUCCUUCUCAGUGCCAUAUGCCCUCACUCUCUCCUUCCCUCUGGCUAUGUGCCUCUGCUACCUGGAGCCCAAGGCGGCCUCCUUGAGUGCCUCACUAGACAAUGACCCGAGUGACAGUUCAGAGGAAGAGACCGACAGUGAACGCACGGACACGGCAGCAGACGGGGAGACCACAGCCACUGAGUCGGACCAGGAGGAGGAUGCAGAGCUCAAGGCACAGGAGCUAGAUAAAACUCAAGAUGACCUGAUGAAACAUCAAACCAAUAUUAGUGAGCUGAAAAGAACCUUUUUAGAAACCUCCACAGACACUGCCAUCACGAAUGAAUGGGAAAAGAGGCUUUCUACCUCCCCAGUGCGACUAGCCACCAGGCAGGAGGACGCGCCUAUGAUCGAGCCGCUCGUCCCCGAAGAGACUAAACAGUCUUCUGCUGAAAAGCUCAUGGAUGGCUCUGAAAUCUUCAGUUUAUUAGAGUCUGCAAGAAAACCAACAGAAUUCAUAGGAGGGGUUACUUCUACUUCUCAAAGCUGGGUUCAGAAAAUGGAAACCAAGACUGUGUCCAGCAAGGUAGAGGCAGAAACAAGCCAGCACCCCCAGCCACUUAGCACCGAGAAGGUUGUGCAGGAAACCGUGUUGGUGGAGGAACGACACGUGAUGAAUGUGCAUGCGAGUGGGGAUGCCUCUUAUGUGGCUGGAGAUGACUUGGCUGCUGGAGCCCAGGCAGCAUCUGCUGAUGCUUCUAGCUUGAAAGGGAAGGAGGGCUCUGCUCUGAUGGAGGGAGCUAAGGAGGAGAAGGGGGAGGUGGCCGAGAAAGCUGUCCUCAAACAGGAAGAGACGGCCACUGCUCCCCACGAGCCAGUGGAGGAGCAGAGUGCAACAAUCCACGUUUCUGAAACUUGGGAACAGAAACCUCAUUUUGAGUCAUCAACUGUGAAGACAGAAACCAGCAGUUUUGGUAGUGUUUCACCAGGAGGAGUAAAGCUAGAAAUUUCUACCAAGGAAGUACCGGUCGUUCACACGGAAACAAAAACCAUCACAUAUGAAUCAUCACAGGUUGAUGCUGGUGCGGAUUUGGAGCCAGGCGUGCUAAUGAGUGCACAGACGAUCACAUCUGAAACCACCAGUACCACGACCACCACCCACAUCACCAAAACUGUGAAAGGAGGCAUUUCAGAGACAAGAAUUGAAAAGCGGAUAGUCAUCACAGGAGAUGCCGACAUUGACCAUGACCAGGCGCUGGCUCAGGCAAUUAAAGAGGCCAAAGAGCAGCACCCUGACAUGUCAGUGACCAAAGUAGUGGUCCAUAAAGAGACAGAGAUCACACCAGAAGAUGGAGAGGAUUGACCCCAGGAAUAACUUAGCCUGCACAUGAAUCCAGUCAUGCAAACCAUUAGGAAAACCAGAGCCUAUAUGGAGUUCCCUCUUCUAACCCAACUGACUUGUAUCUGCCCAUGGAAAAUUCAACCCAGAAGAACUGACCUUGACCAUUAAUAAAGACACUGGCAGAGAGAUCUUCCCAUAAUAAAGCAAUCCGAAUCAGCAUCACAAAACUGAUAUUGCAUGAAGCAACGAUAAAAUUACAAAAGAGUAGCAUUUUUUAAUUUCCACCAAGUGUCUAAGUUUUCAGCUAUACCUGCACGUUCAUAACCAACAAUAUAAACCGUGAUCUCAUGUAACACAUAAACAAUUCAUGCCUUUCAUAGUUUAUUAUUAAAGUCUAAACAAAACCGCAAUUUCUUAGGUGACAGAUCUUUUGUUUACAGACAAAUGAAGAUUACCCUAAAAUGCUAGAAGCUGUCUAGGUCCGAUGUGUCAGGUUUAUCCCAGAUUAGAUGUGCCAAUAACCGAGUUUAUUCAGUAAACAACUUGAAUCUCGUACUUGUUUCACCUGGUUUUAUUAUUCUCACCCAUACACAGCAACGACUCUCAAUCCUCUGGAAAUAUUUAAUGCUUACAAUCCUGCUUUGUGUAUCUAAUUUGAUUCGUUAUAAGGUAGUACUGAUUUUAGCAUAUUAAUGUGAUUUCUUCCUUGUUUACUUUGGUCUGCGUCCAACCUGGAAAGCUUCCAAGAUUUCCCUAACAAGUCCUAAAUAUGUAAAUUGUCAUUAUUUGGGGGAAGAAAACCUGUUUUUGUUAGUUUACGAUAUUAUGGAAUUUCACUCCAGAAAAAGCUGUUGGGCUUCUGUUGCUUUGUUUUCUCUCUUCGUUUCUUCUUCCUUGUGUUUUUAAGUUGGAUUUUACUUCUUUUACUGGAAAAAGAAAAAAGUGUUUUAUUUCCAAAUCUGGUCCAUAUUUACAAUCUAGUUCAGAGCCAAGCCUUAAAUUGUACAGAAUUUCCACUGUAAUUAAACUAUUUAGUGUUUAGUUAUAAAUAGCCUUCAAAAAGAUAUAUUCUCCAUUACACUGUCAACUGCAUCACACAGCCCAUGGUGAAUGUAUGUUUCUGCAUAGCAAAAUAAAAAUGGUAAAUGCA